AUGGGAAGUGUGCACAUAUGUAUUUUUUUUUCCUGUGUAUGUGCGAGCGUGUAUGAGGGUGGAACGCAGAGAAAAAGGAUGGAAAGAAAACAAAAGAAGACCCGUUCGAUGUACAGUUUUGUUGUUUUUUUUUUCAAAAAAAGAAAGGAUUUUACUGCCGUUUUAACUUCUUUCCUUUUCUUUCCUUUCCUUUCUUUUUUUCUUUUUUGUCUCCUCUCCUUUGUCCCACCUACUUCUCAGGACGUGAUAAAGUGUAUAUUUACGGGAGAGCAUCACAAGAAAGCGACGGAAGCUUGGGGGACAAGCGCACACAUAAACAUACAUAAACACACACACACACACAAAAAGAAGGAAGCGAUGAAGGGGAAGGCAAAGGAGGGGAGUGAAAGGAGUUGUAUAAAAUUUGCAGGGCUGUUAGUGAGUGUUGCAUGCUUGAUUAGCUGCGGUAUGGAGUGA